CAUCUCUCCCUCAAGCACCAGGUUUGUCGGUCGGCGAGAAGCGCAUUCGCGGAAAACUUCCAAGGUCGUAACGUCAGGCGAAUUAAAAAGCGCUCCGGCAGGAUAGAGGACGACCCGCUCUUUAAACCUAUGUUAGCUCAACAUGAUCAACACGAUGGGAGAUAUGUGUGUUCUAAGGAUGGCCAGCUCGUCCGUCCUGCAAGUUAUAAACGCCAUCUCAAGACAGAAAAACAUCUUGGUCACAAACCAACGGAAUUCAUAUGCCCUGGUUGUCUGGAAACUUAUAGCCGACGUGAUGUCUGCAAGAAGCAUUGGGACGACAGGUGUGGCAAGCUAGCAGCUAAUAGUCGGCUAUCCUACGAAGCCGCUUGCCAAGCUUUAACGAGUUUUAAUUCUGCUUUAGCUACAGCGUCGUUCAUGCCCCCUUUACCCACGACCGCCACGACGAUGUCUCAUAGCUCACCACCCGAGAUCAUCCCGACAGACGCCACAAACCCUUAUUCCCGGGCAGCUAGUGACAUACAGGACCCUCCUUUGGUGUCACCUGUACUUCCCCCAUCCGAAGGGCAGGACAUUGCACUCGCAGAGGUCCACGAUACUUUGGCGCUGAUGCGGUGCAAGAACCUCCUUUGGUGACACCCGUGCGUCCCCCAUCUGAAGUGCGAGAGAUUACACUCGAAGAGGUUCGCGGAUGCGUUCCCUUUUGGAGGUGGAUUAAUGACACGGAGGGCCUGGUGGAUCCCCUCCCUCCCAUCGCUGAGCCUCCGUCCUCUCGCCUGCCAGAGGCCAUGCUCGCAGACGCCGCCGAAGACCUGGAUGUUUGAUGCCUCAUUAAUGGGAUAGACGACUUUGUAGAUCCCAAAAUUCCUCUCUGCGAAUCUCCCACAGACGCUGCUGAAGACC